AUGAUGCGUCAGGGAAUCUACGGGCUGGGUGGCUUCCUGAGCGCCUCCAAGGAGCUGAGGAUCCUAUACUCCGCGCCCUACCUCACCAGGUUGUGGUGUGUCUUCGAAUUGGCUGCAUUUCGAAAGGCCAAUCCGUCCGGCAGGAUCCGCUUCGCUCCUUUGUUCGUGGAAACCGCGGUAGCCUCUGUCUGGCUGGGUGCCACAGUGGGCCUUGUCAUCUAUGUACUCGUGAUCGCUACCCUAGGAUUGGGGAGUCUCACUACUUUGUUGGUUGCCUUGGUUCCCUUCUUCGUCGUCUUCCACCUUCUCCGGAAGAACUUGUCUCAAAAGCGCCAGGUCUUCUACGACCUGGCCACCUUUGAGCUCUCGGCCGCGGGAUGUCGGAAAGCCAGCGACCAGGAGUUCAUCUACGCCGCCAUCGAGAAGUGGUACGGAAGCCUAGACGCCUUCACACGCCAUGUUCGAGGGCCUCUUCGUGACGAACUGCUGGCGAAUCACUUGGGCACUGGCCUUCCGUGGAACUAUGCUCUGCUGAUCGCGACCCCAAUGAUGACGCUAGGAAUGGACGCUUUGUCAGCCCAAGUACGAGGAGGGGCUCCCAUUCACAAUUUGGUGUCCUACGGCUCCGGGGUGAGCCUUGGACUCUUUGGUCUAUGGUGGAUCGUCGGUGUGCAGUUCGCGAUGUUUCUGGCUGGCCGGUUCCCACUGCCAAAAAGCUUCAUAUGGGGACUGGCACAGUCUGCGGUGCUCUACGCCGUGUACUUGGCGUUCAUCUUCUGCGGAGUCUACAUCGGACGUUGGGCGUACAAAGACAGUGCGGCCGCAUCACUCACAUGGUGUGCCGCAGCCGGUAUGAUAGCAUGGCUGGCCAGCGGUGGGCUGAAGGUCUGUCAGUCAGCCUUUUGCCGUCGUUGA